AUGCUGAUCUUAAAGGGAAGCAGAACUCUACCGCUGCUUCGGAAGGUGUUCGUCAUGGCGUACCAGGCUGGGGUUCCUGAUCCCAGCACUCUGGUUUCUGGCAUCACCUCCAACAUCCAGAGACUGAGUCUGCUGACCAACGAUCUCCAGAGAGCAGUGUUUCUCGUGGGCACAGACCUGGACAACAGCCAACUCAGAAACUCACUACAGCAGAAGCAGCAGCAGGGGAACCAGCUCGCCAAAGACACUGACAAACAGCUCAAAGCCUUCGCGUCGCUACCUGUGGGACCGGAUCAGAGACAGAGGAAGCUGCAGCGGGAGCGUCUGUUAAACGACUUUUCCGCCGCGCUCAACGCUUUCCAGAAAACUCAGCGUGAAGCGGCUAAGAAGGAGCGCGAGGACGUGGCCCGCGUGAGAGCCUCGUCACGUCUGUCUCACAGCGGGGGAGGUCAGACAGAUGAAAACUUCAGAAAUGUACCUGCGUUUUCUAGUCAGAUGCAGCUUCAGGCGGAGGAGGAGGCCAUGACUGUGGAGGAUCUGCAGCUGAUCCAAGAACGCGAGCAGGCCAUAAGACAACUGGAGUCAGACAUCGUGGACAUAAACGACAUCUUCAAAGACCUGGGGGUGAUGGUGCACGAGCAGGGAGACAUGAUCGACAGCAUCGAGGCCAACGUGGAGAGCACAGACCAGAACAUUACCAGUGGGAUGCAGCAGCUGGCCAGGGCCGCCCAGUACCAGAGCAGCUCCCGGAAGAAGAUCUGCAUCCUCAUCACCAUCGGUGUGCUCGUCGCUGUCGCCAUAGGCCUCAUCAUCUGGGGCUCAGUGACCAACAAGUUCUAG